UGGAAAACACAUAGGCGGCCGCGUACUGCGUAACAUUCUUGCACGCAGCCAUCAUGACGAAGCCAAUCGUCCAGAUGAGGAGCAUGAGAGCCAUGCCCUGUGGCCGACCCCAAAUGUCAAGAAUCUUGGCCAGGGGCAGCUUGGAGACGCCGCCAAGAAUGCUUGAGACAAUGUACACCACGGGAGUCAGACUGUGGGAAGAGAAGGUGCUGGUAACGAAGGGGCUGUACGCCCUGGCGCACACCUCCUGCAGCGACGUGACAAAGUAGAUGAGCCAGAUGCUGUCGAAUACACCGGUUAGCGUCCCAUCCUCAAGCUGUCUGUUCAACCGCCUUCUUACAAGACAUAGGCUCCAAUGAGGUGCGACUUUGGCCAGACGAGCUGCGCGGCCUCGAUGGCUCGAACACCAGCCUGAGCAUCGCUGGAGAUGGCGUCUUUCUCCAGGUCCGCAGAGCUGUGUCCUCUCUCUUCGACGACGGGACUAACGCCCUCAUCCGCCGACAAGCUGGCUGGCUGCUUCUCCGUGGCCAUGGUUGCGGCAGUGGACGGUGGUGACAGAGGAAGAAACGAUAUAUGCCAAGAAUGGCAAGACGGAACACAGCAAGGCAAGCAGCAAAACAGGCGAGAGACGUGAGUGAUGUUUUAUUAACGAGUUAAUCCCCUUCUGCACCUCUCUACCACCCAAACAGAGCCAUCAAUCGCAGCCAUGCACACUCCCACAUUUUCACACUCCCACACUCCCAAAACACACACUCCCAAAACCAGCUUGCGAGAAUUUCCGGAUCCUCGGCGGGCGGAUGGGGCAACCUGGUUCCACAGUCACCCACCCCCAAGCCUGUCCUUCACCGGGACGAGGACGAGAGAGGGGUCGAGCCCCGGCAAAUUCUGCAUCCCGAUUCGAAGAAAAAAAAUUGGCCACGGCCAACAGACAGGGUUUCGAUCUAAUCUCCAUUAUCUGAUCAUCUGAUUGCCAAGGUCCAUGCAUGCACGGCCUCGACGGAGCUAUUGGCGAUAGCGCCGCAAGCUCUGCACUGCGAUGCGAGACCGGACAGCCCUUGUCGCCGCCCAGCAGGGCCUCCGUUGCAGACACACCCGCCCACCAGGAACCGAGGCUGCCCACCCCAUUCGAUGUGACCCUAUAAAGAGCUCUGCAAGAGCUGAGCUCGGGGGAAAGUGAUCGCCCGCCCUGAUCUUGUUGUUCUCUGCCUCCCACCAGCUACUACCUACUCAACAACCGUCGAGACCCAUCCUUCUGCCAAAAUGAAGUACAUCACCGCUCUCCUCGCUGCCGCCGUUGCCGGUGUUGUUGCCCACGAGGGUCACGACCACACCACCCUCGGUGACUACGUUCCCGAGUGCUCGCUCAAGUGCCUCAGCGACGCCCGCAAGAGCGCCACCACCUGCAAGGACGACACCGAGCUCGAGUGCUUCUGCAUUCUCGAAAACUACCGUGCCAUCUACGAUGCCAGCGUUGCCUGCGUCAUGGUUGCCUGCGGUCAGGACGUUGCUGUUGCUGAGGUCCUUCCCUCUGUCAUCUCCAUGUGCGACGAGGUUGCUCCCAUGACCACCACCAUCGGCGGCGGCACCCUGGAGCUCCCCACCGACUCUGCUUCGUCCAGCGCUGGUCCUGCUGCCACCCCUACCACGACCGACGAUGCCGCCCCUGCCGAGACCAGCACUCCCGGCUCUGGCGCCGCCGGCCUCGCCGCCGGCCUCGUCGGUGCCGCUCUCCCCUUGGCCAUGGCCGCCCUCCUCUGA